CUCACGCAUGCGCACCAAUGCCUCCGCUCCACCAGUGCCAAGUGACUCCUGCAAAAACACAGGCAGCGAUCCGCGGCGUGGGAAUGUUAUCAUUCACCCUUAUUGGAGGAAAAAUACCUCAAAUAGGCAAUGGAGUCAUUCUUUGAGGAGUGAAAUAACAGAAGUGCUUUUAUUCACCCAAAGGUAAACAAGACGUUUCGCAACAGCACUAAAUCGGCUUUUGAGAAUCCACAGGUUCUUCCUCUUCGCUCGGGUUUUAUCUUUUUAUACUUCUGUGUAUCUGGAUGGAUCUGGACUGAAAUAAAGCAGAAGCAGGACUGUUGCAUCGCUCUUCGAGGGCCUGUUUAUUGAUGAAGUUGGUGCUUUUUUGAUAAAUGUUGAAUGGCUUUUUUUUCGGACGACUCUAAUCUAACCGGGCGAGCAGAUCGUCCACAGGCUCGAUUCCGCAAGUCCUGAAUGUCCUCCAAAAUCUCUCGUUCGGACAGGCAGCUCGGUUUGGACUUUAACUCGUAAAGACGAAAGUUGCCUCGCGUGCUCGUCUUCCCCGAGAGCGGCGCUGUCCGUGGUCCUGAAGUCAUUUCGACAACUCCUGUUAUUUCAAUAACUUGAGGGUUUCUCCUAAAAAAAAACAACAGCUGGAGGGGACGCCGUCUGCCAGCAGCUCCAGAAAGAGCCUAAUAUGGUGACGCGCACCGGAGUUCAUCUGCAAACUUUGGUGCUUUUGUGUUUCGUUGUCCACCCGAGCCGGCCGGUAUGUGUCGAUAUCCCGUCGGAGACCGAUGCGGUGCUGGGGAAAUCCAUGAAGUUGACCUGCAUAUCUUGUAUAAAGAGGGACGAGAUCAAAUCAAAGACACAUGUGGAUUGGUACUACAUGCCAAACAAAGAAAAGGACACUGCAUCGAACAAAACCCACAUAUACAAGUACAAUGUUGAUAGUCCAGUUGAAUCGGAUGGGCCGUUCAAAGGCCGUCUGGCCUGGAAUGGGAGCCAGGAUUUGCAAGAUGUCUCCAUUCGAAUCAUCAACGUCACCUACAAUGACCGAGGCAUUUAUGAAUGCAUCGUCUAUCGCCAGUUUGAGUUUGACUCCUUCAAACCGUCUGUCUCCCUCACCAAGAAAAUCAAGUUGACCGUGAAAGCAAAAGCCACUGGAGAUGCCGCCGCGCUCUACUCUGAGAUCAUGAUGUAUGUGCUGCUGGUCUGCUUGACCUUCUGGCUGCUGGUAGAGAUGGUCUACUGCUACAGGAAGAUAUCCAAGUCAGAUGAGCAGGCCCUGGACACAGCGACAAACUACCUAGCCAUCCCUUCUGAGCAGAAGGACAACCCAGCCGCUCCUGUUACUGAAUAAAAGCUGUUAUCAGUGACACGAUAUUAACCAAUCACGAUGGAACUUCGAGGACAGCCGAAGGCAAAGAGUCCACAAGCUGGACUGAGCCACAAGGAAGGUUUCAUUACUCCCAGACAGCCAUGGCCAUCUGGCCCAAAAAUCUUUCUCCUCCUUUACUCCGAUUUCUUUAACUUUCAUGCCAGCCAUCUUAAAUUAAUUGUUUUGUCAAAUGCAGCCGGUUAAAAGAACACAAAUAUUAGUGCCCUGCACUUACAGUGUUAUCAGUGUCAUCCAUGCUUCACUGCCGACUAUGUUCUCAGUAGUUAGUGGUGCCUCUGGGAUUUAUGACCUCAAAACGAGAAAAACGAUCCAAUGAAAGAAGCUGUCCUCUUGGCUGUUACAUACAACUUGUGCACAGACUCUGCAGUUCUCGUUAAGUUCAUUUUGUAUCAUUACAAUUUAUAGGCCGUGUCUGGAUUUUAUUCGUUCUGGCCAACGUCUUUUUACGACAAUGGAUGGAGCAUUUAUACUGUACGAAUGCACAAUUCCCCUUGUUGUACCAUGUGCAUCAGUGAAACCACAACGUAAUGGAACAAUAGAGAUAUUUAUAUUGUAUUGAGUUAAGCUAUAUGAGUCAAUUUAAAUUCCUCUAGAGGUCAUUAUGUAUAAAAAUGUAAUAUGUGUUCAGUACUGACGUCAAUUUAAUCGAGAUUAAGUCUUACUUAAACUGCGGCUGGUGUUCUCCUGAGAUGAAAUGUGUGUACAGCUAUAUAGAAAUGUGCGUAUUGUUUGUUCCAAAAAAUGUGUGAGUGAGCUCCUUUUCAACUAUUAAAUGCAAUGCGUUUGUGUUGAAGCACUGUUUACUGAAAAGUUCGUACUUCUGUUUAAUUGUAAGUGCAGGUACAGUAUUUAUUCUCAGCACCAUCUGUCUUAUGUUCUUCUUAUUAUAUUUGCCUCUAGUGCUAAUGAAAUGGAUAAAAUGGACUCCAAACGGUUGUUUCCAGCUCCCGUUAGUGCAGAAAAAUAGCCAACAAAUAAGCAUCAGAUUUUUAUUUACUUUUCAAUGUCAGUCUAAUAAAGCUGAAAUAAAACAUUAUAAUUUAUUCAGUGGAAACAGAGCUAGUCCAAAAAAAACAGAACAAAGAAAAAGGGGAAUAGACUCGCACUGUCAAAGAGAGGUGAUGUACAUUGCACUUUUAACCAGCCGUGACCUACAGCAGAGACGGAUAUAGCAGCAGCUGUUGUUAUAGCAACCCAAGCAUGCCGAUAGUGAGGUAGAUUGCCUGAGAACAUUAUGGACAGAAUUAUGGCUUUGCGAUGCAUAAUAAAAGUGCAAUUCUGUCACCA